AAAACGGCCUUCUGCCCGCAACGUGUCGAACGUCGUCCGGUGUGGAGAGCCGGGAGCCGAUUUCACGCGGAUCCCGCAGCCUUAGGGGCAUCGUCGUCGUCGUCGUCGUGCGAGAAACGAGUUUCACGGGGCCCCAGUCAGAAGAUCGGUGGUCCCCUGCAGCCCGGAUAGAUUCGCCGAGCUGCAUUAUCGCCGCUUACCGUCGCCGAUUCAUUCUCGGCGAGCCCUCUUCAAGUCGACCAAGACCGCCGUGCUCGUUAAUGGCUGCCAGGGUCACCGGCUAGAGGCUGUUUAGCGAAGUUUCGUGCUGCUGGUGCGAUAACACAGCCCGUAACCGAUGAGUGUUAGAUCGACGGCCGGCCACAUGGUGAAGCAGAGGAGGUUCAUCGGCAACACUAACAACAAGAUGAUCAACAUACGAGAAUAUUUAUAGGCGGUUUUAGGCGUGCGACAAAGUAAACACGCUCUGAACGGGAUCGAUAGCGAUCUGCAUGUCGUUGGACAUCACGGAGAAGGAAGAUCGAGGAACCGAGGAAACCACCACCGCGGCCACGUACAUCGAUAAUAUCGUUCGAAGUGAAUCGGUUCGAAUCGUCGACGUCGUGUGGUGAAUUUGGUGGAUUCGACGAUCCAGGAGGAUCCAGGAGGAUCGAGCGGCGCGUGUCACGCGGCCGUACAGCUAUGGUCAGACCGUCACCUGGUUUCCUGUUUUACGUAACAAGCCGGGAACGCUUGAUUUUCUCGCGCAGAUCCAAUUUAUCAGGAGGUCGCACAAGGACCGGGUUUAAACGGCCGUCGGCGGAAGCGUGUUGAAGCGACAGGAGGAAAAGACAACGCUCUCUCUCUCGCUGCCCGGUGCGGGAGAUAUGAACCGCCGGCAUUAAGCGCGCCGUUUCAUUGGGAUCGAUGCAGCGCAAUCGUUCACGCAUCGGCCGUGUCAGUGAGCGAUCGUACACCAUCCGACAGGUUCUUUUUUUCUAGGUUUUCAGCGUUUGUGGUAUUUGCGGAAGAGACGUGGGUCAAGCCAAAGUAAACCAGUGAUAUUUUUAUGCAGUAUUUUUCUUCCAUAAUUGAAGAGAAUAAGAAAAGAGAGACGAAGGGAUAUAGAGGAAAUCGUUUGAUCGAGUCGUACCGAGAGCGCCGACAAACGGGGGGAUAAAGGAAAAGAGGAGGAAUAUUUUAUUGGAACGAAUAGCUUACGUCGCAUAAAAGAGAACCCCUGAUUUGUUUUUUCGACUCGAGCGCCGACAUCGGCAGGUUUUCUUCAACAUGAGUUGUUAAUUAAGAAUGCGCGAUGACACGGCGAAUUUAUCAGUGGACCGGAAACCCGCGCGAGAAGGCGCAGGGUAUGGAAAUGGAACCCCCCAAAACAAAUUCUCAUCGACAGGAAAAAAUAUUCUUGAAGUACACGCUCCAAGACGCGGAGAAGGAUAAAGAGGAAACUGAGUAUAUGCUACAAGAGAAUGGCAAACCGAUUGAGUUCGUGCCACCGCAAACGAAGGAGGACGACAAACCGGUCGCGCCGGAACCUACGCUGCCGCCAGUGCCUUACUUCAAACUCUUUCGAUUUGCAACAUGCGGGGAGCUGAUGCUGGUCUUCGGUGGCCUGAUCAUGGGAACCCUGACAGGCCUCUGCAUCCCCAUCUCAACGAUCCAGUACGGUGAAUUCACCACGCUGUUGGUGGAUCGUAACAUGGAGAAUAUCACUAGUACACCGACCCUCAUCAUGGAGUGGUUCGGGGGAGGGAAGGUCCUGGGACCUAACGCGACGCAAAAGGAACGAUUGGCCGCACUCUACGAUGAUUCGGUAGCUUUCGGCGUGUCCUCGGCGGCACUGUCCUGCCUUCAGUUCGUCUUCGCCGUGUUCACCGUGGACUUCCUGAAUGUCGCGGCUUCCCGUCAAAUUGUGAGGGUGCGGCAAAUGUUCCUGCGAGCCGUCCUCAGACAGGACAUGACGUGGUACGACAUCAACACGUCCACUAACUUCGCUAGCAGGAUUACCGAGGACUUGGACAAGAUGAAGGACGGUAUCGGCGAGAAGCUCGGCGUGUUCACGUACCUAAUGGUGUCCUUCAUCUCCUCCAUCGUUAUAUCGUUCAUUUACGGGUGGAAAUUGACGCUGGUGGUGCUGAGUUGCGCGCCAAUUAUCGUGAUAGCCACCGCGAUCGUCGCGAAGGUGCAGAGCUCCCUGACCGCGCUCGAGCUGAGCGCGUACGGCCAGGCCGGUACUGUCGCCGAAGAAGUGUUGGGCGCCAUCAGGACCGUGAUCGCCUUCAACGGCGAGCAGAAGGAGGUCGACAGAUACGCGGAGAAGCUGGUGCCUGCCGAGAGCACCGGCAUACGGCGUGGAAUGUGGUCUGGAGUUGGCGGCGGCGUUAUGUGGUUUAUCAUCUACAUCAGCUACGCCGUGGCCUUCUGGUACGGCGUGCAGCUGAUCCUAGAUGACAGACCCAAGGACGAGAAGGAGUAUACACCCGCUGUGUUGGUGAUCGUGUUCUUCGGCGUGUUGGCCGGUGCUCAGAACAUGGGUCUGACGUCGCCUCAUAUGGAGGCGUUCGCGGUCGCCAGGGGCUCGGCCGCGGCCAUUUUUCAAGUGCUCGAUCGGCAGCCGGCGAUCGACAGCCUCAGCAAAGAGGGCCAGAGGCUGCCGAAGGUCACCGGGGAGAUAGAGUUCAAGGGCGUGCAUUUCCAGUACCCCGCCAGGAAGGACGUGAAGGUGCUGCAGGGCUUGAAUCUGAAGAUCAAUCAUGGCGAAACAGUGGCGCUCGUGGGCGGUUCCGGUUGCGGGAAAUCGACCUGUCUGCAGCUCAUUCAACGCCUCUACGAUCCCAUGAAAGGACAGGUUCUGCUGGACGGCGUGGAGAUAUCGAGGCUGAACGUUCAGUGGCUGCGCUCGCACAUAGGCGUGGUCGGCCAAGAGCCGGUGCUCUUUGACACAACGAUACGGGAGAAUAUCCGGUACGGAAAUGAGAGCAUUACCGAGGAGGAGAUGAUCAAAGCCGCGAAGGAAGCGAACGCUCACGACUUCAUCAGCAAACUGCCCGAGGGUUACGACAGCCCGGUAGGAGAGAGAGGAUCGCAGCUGUCCGGCGGUCAGAAGCAGAGGAUCGCCAUAGCGCGAGCCUUGGUCAGAAGACCCGCCAUACUUUUGCUGGACGAGGCCACUUCCGCUUUGGAUCUGCACAGCGAGGCGACCGUACAAAGGGCUUUGGACGCCGCGUCAAAGGGCAGGACGACCAUUGUCGUCACCCAUCGGCUCUCCACGAUCACCAACGCCGACAGGAUAGUAUUUAUUAAGGAGGGACAAGUAGUCGAACAAGGCACCCACGAAGAGCUGCUUGCGCUUGGACAACACUACUACGGUCUGGUUUCCGCCGACGCCAGCGCCACUGCCAGAGUGAAAGCGACGGCGUCAGCGGCGAAGACGGUCACAGCAGCGAUACCGAAGCAGAAGCCGCCAUUGAAGAGACAAUUCUCCACUCUGUCGAUGCACUCCCAUCGCCUGUCGCUGGCCGGCGCCUCGGAGACCUCGGUGAAUCAGUUGGAGGAGCACGAGAAACAGUACGACGCGCCGAUGAUGAGGAUAUUCGGACUCAACAAGCCGGAAUGGUUCUUCAAUCUGAUCGGAUGUUUCGCGGCAGCGAUGGUCGGCGCUUCGUUCCCAGCGUUCGCGGUGUUGUUCGGCGAGGUGUACUACGUGCUGGGUCUGCAGGACGAGGACGAGGUGCGCCACGAGGCGGUGAACUUCUCGAUCCUGUUCCUGAUAGUCGGCAUAGUGACCGGGGUGGGCACGUUCCUGCAAAUGUACAUGUUCGGGCUGGCCGGUGUGCGGAUGACCACGAGGUUGCGGAAGAUGACGUUCGCGGCGAUGCUGAAGCAGGAGAUGGGCUGGUACGACGAGGACACGAACAGCGUCGGCGCCCUGUGCGCCAGAUUGUCCUCGGACGCGGGCGCCGUCCAGGGCGCGACGGGCACCCGGGUGGGCGCCAUCCUGCAAGCGUUGUCCACCUUGGUGCUGGGCAUCGGCCUCUCCGUAUACUACACCUGGAAGAUGACCCUGGUCUCGGUGAUCUCGAUACCGCUGGUGCUGGGCGCCGUGUUCUUCGAGGCGAGGGUGAUGAGCGGCCAGGGCCUGCAGGAGAAGAAGAAGAUGGAGGCCGCCACGAGGAUCGCCAUAGAGGCGAUCUCGAACAUAAGGACCGUGGCCAGCUUGGGGAAGGAGGAGGCCUUCCUGAGACGCUACUGCGUCGAGAUGGAGCACGUCGCGAAGGCGACCAGAAUCAGGAACCGGCUCCGAGGGCUCGUGUUCUCCUGCGGGCAGACCACCCCGUUCUUCGGGUACGCGCUCAGUCUGUACUACGGCGGGUCCUUGGUCGCCACCGAAGGUCUGCAAUACCAGAGCGUGAUCAAGGUGUCCGAGGCGCUGAUCUUCGGAUCUUGGAUGCUGGGCCAGGCGCUCGCCUUCGCGCCUAAUUUCAACACCGCCAAGAUCUCUGCCGGCAGGAUAUUCCAGCUGCUGGACAGGGUGCCGGAGAUCGCCUCGCCUCCGGACUCGGAAGAAAAAGAUCUGGAUUGGAAAGCGGAUGGGUUGAUCCAAUUCUCGAAAGUGGAGUUCCACUAUCCGACUCGGCCGGAGAUGCACAUCCUGCAAGGAUUGAAUCUGAUCGUGAAGCCGGGUCAGAUGGUCGCGUUGGUCGGCCAGAGCGGAUGCGGCAAGUCUACCUGCAUCCAGCUGCUGCAACGUCUGUACGACCCGAUUUCUGGGACGGUGACGAUGGACCGCCGUGACAUCUCGUCGGUCUCGUUGCGUAAUCUGCGCUGCCAGCUCGGCGUCGUCGGCCAGGAGCCGGUCCUCUUCGACAGAACGAUCGCGGAGAACAUCGCGUACGGCGACAACUUCCGCAGAGUGCCGAUGGAGGAGAUUAUCGAGGCCGCCAAGAAGUCGAACAUCCACAGUUUCGUCAGCUCUCUACCACUAGGGUACGAUACUAGGUUAGGAUCUAAAGGAACGCAGCUCUCCGGCGGGCAGAAGCAGCGUAUCGCGAUAGCUCGUGCACUGGUCAGGAAUCCGCGUGUCCUGCUCCUCGACGAAGCCACUUCCGCUCUUGACACUCAAAGCGAGAAGGUCGUGCAAGCGGCGCUGGACAAGGCGAUGGAGGGCAGGACGUGCAUCACCAUCGCGCACCGUCUGGCCACUAUAAGGAACGCGGACGUGAUCUGCGUGCUGGAGAAGGGAACGGUCGCGGAGAUGGGCACUCACGACGACCUAAUAGCGGCGGACGGCCUCUACGCUCAUCUGCACGCUCUCCAGGAGGCGGCGAUGGAGUAGGGAGGGACGCGGGAGGCGGCCGCGAGUCCUCGAGACAUUUCCCGGGACGUUCCCGGGGACGUUUCUCGGCCCGAGAAUCGCUGAAACGAAAGUCCCGGCUCCGACGGAGGCGAGCAGCCGAGCAACAAACAGGAGGUCGCGACCGACGAGAACGGAGUAGAAAAACCGCGGACCCCUCGAGGCCUCGGAAACCUCGAACUUUACGGAACAAGAAAGUCAGUCGAACGCAAAGGAGAGGGUGGGUGGGGUUGUUCCCGCAAAUUCGUCCUUUCCGUUUCCAAAACGUUCCCGCAGAUCGCACGGGCGAAUUUCCUUGGAUUGUUUGGACUUUCUACGCGCGUUCGCCCGCCUCCGAACAUUUCUUUUUAUUCACCAUAAAAAUUAUUCACCAUUGAAUGCUCCUUAAUUCGAACAACCUGUCAAAAGCUAGCUACCCCCAUUGCUUUCGCGUGCACGGAUUUCCUUGGAUUUUCUACGCGCGUUCGCCCGCCUCCGAACAUCUCUUUUUAUUUACCAUAAAAAUAUCGAAUGCUUCUUAAUUUGAACAACCUGUAGAAAGCUAGCUAUCCCAAUUGUUUUCGCUCAUCCCACCAGAGUCUCUCGCGGACAAGCUGCCGAUUCCUCCACGCUGAUCGGAACACCGCUUCGAAAUCGAAAACUGUCGGCUCCGUCUGUCCAUCGAAGCCGCGAAUCCCGUCGGCGACACGUCGAAUCGUUAUCCGCGUCGAAUCGACAAUUUCGUCGGGCCAUUUACGCCACGGCCCCCUUGUUCCGGAAGAGAAAACGCGUCGUUUUCUGCUACGCCGUCGAUACGGACACCCUCGCGACUGGACUCAUUCGCGACGCCGAUUUUCACGCCACCCCCGACCACCCCCGUUCGAUCGAUUUCGCAGGAACGAUCGAGAGCGGGCUCGGAUCGGCCGCGGUUUUCGACGACUGCCUCGGCAACGGCGACCGGCUGCAGAAUAUUCCGCGAACCGGGAAGCUCUCUGGUAUAAUGAUGGAACACGUUUAGCUGCGGUUUUUGACACUGCUGCGUUGAUCGUCGACGCUUCGAUUCGUCGAGCUCUCGAUUCGUUCUAUUCGAAACCGGGAGGUAUAAAAACAAAGCGCGUAGUUUCGCGAAUAGAAAAUUCGGAAAAUUUCGCCGUCGAUGAAAGAUGCCAUCUCCGGGUCGGAUUGGCGCACAGAAUCGCUUUAUCGAAGACUUUGAAAUCUUUGGUCUAUCAGAAACUGAUAGACCUCUGUCGGUUUGCUCGUUCUCCGAAGUGCCUCGUUCCACUACAAAAAGUUCCGUACAGAAACGUGUCCGGGAGAGUGUUAAGAAAAAAUAGAAACGUCGUCUCGGCACGGCCGCGUAACAAUCCGCUUGUACCAUUCGAACCGCUCGACGCUCUCUCAGGCUCGAGUAGAACGAUACAGAAAUCUCCAUUCGCGAAAGAUCGAUCGACGUCGAGAGCAGAUUCGAAUCUCCCGGCUCGUUCGCUGGAGACAUGUUUCGUACACCCAAUGGACAAGAGCCCUCGUGCCGCGCGAAAGUAACUCGGUCGGGACGGAAAAUCCCCGGCGUCGUCUCAAUUAAUCGGCUCGCGCGGGGGGGAUGGAUACGCGAGAAACGAACGUCGACAGGUGUCCGCGUAAGCCACGGGUUCCCGUCCGGACACGAAAGGAUGUGUUCUUUUCACCGUCUGCCGGCCUAACGACGUCCCAUGAAAGAUGUAUGAGCCUUGGAAACCAGCCCUGCCUUUUCCCAGCCGCCCUCCACCCUCCUCCGCCCUCCGCCGACGUUCGACUUUUUGCCGCGAAGCUUCCGGCUCCUCGUAAAACAUAACGAAUUCGAGAGUCCAUCGGCCGGGGAUCGUAAAUCCCUCUCUCGCUCGGUGCCUUAACGAUUGCGUGCUUCGAGAAUCUGGGGAAAAAGAGGGGCGGAGUGAUUAGAAACGGGAUAAGGGGACGCGAUUUUAACGAGAGCUGGCCCGCGUACGGCUGGAUAAAGCGAGGGAUGAUUGCGUGCCCUGCGAACAGGUGUACAAACAAGCGGCGAUGAUAGAUCGAGGGGGGCGGGCAGGGGGUGAUUAUAACAGGAGGCGCCGGAGCGAAAGAUACGAACGAGAGGCGGAUUGCGAACGGAUAAUACAGAUAACCGAGAACCUGUGAUGGAUAAACCGAGGAGCGAUACGUACACACCUCUCCAAAAUUAUUAGGACAGUCGCAGAAAGUUGAAUAAAUUUUGGGAACUGGUAGGAUGUUGUUAUAGAAUUUCUUCAAUUUAUUUCAAAGUUAAUUGUACGAAAUUGUAACUAGUGCGUAAAUAUAUAUAUAUAUAUAUUUUUUUUUUACGUUGUAAUAAUAAUAACGUCGAUUCUAUAAAAGAAAAUUAAAUUUUCCUCCGGCCAAUAUAUUCACCGCGUUUUUAACACGUUCAGUGCCGCGUCACAUAUAGGCGACGUUAAUUUUCAACUAGGUUUUUGAAAUUCACUUGUAUCGUAAUGUAUUGAACAAAUUGAUUGUUGUUAGGAUUUGUAGAACACAAAAUGGCUGAAUAUUUCCUAUGGCAAAUUUUCACUUUCUAGUUUCGGUGCCUCUAAUCGAAUGACUCUGAUAUCGUGUGAAUUUUUCGAGUUAAUAUUUGUCGUUUGUCGCGCGAAGCGAACCGAUUACUUGAUACUAAAUACAGAGAACAUUACCGGAACCUAAUGAUAAAUUAGAAUUAGAAUUAGGAAAAGAUUUGAACGUAAACGAAGACGCGGCCUGCGAAUAGCUGGAGUCAUAAAGGGGUUGCAAAUCUCGGGAAAAGUAUUAGCAUCGGCGUGAUUCGCGGACAAAAACGUAGCUGGAUAACGAAGAGAGGGCGGGAAGAUUGUAACGAGAGAUAGAGGAGAGCGAUUCAGAGAGCCAGAUGCGAGAUCGCGGUGCCUCGUUCGUCGACCGAGUACUCCGCUGCCUAUGCUUUAACAAUUACGUGCCUAACGAACAAGAAUGCGGGAGAGGGAGAGAACGAGAGAGAGAGAGAGGAGCCGGAAGCGUUUUCGCCGGUAGAUCGAGCGUAAUCCCGAAUGAGAAGCGGGCGGAAUUUUUCGCGAGCGUUUUCCGGGGCCGAGCUCCGCGACAGAUUCUUUCCCCGAACUUGUGCCUUCACUUCGUAUAAUUAGCGAUAAGAUUACCGUGUCCUCGAGGCGUGUCGACCAGCUUCAACGACAGCGCACGAACACGCUUGGCGAAUUCACGUUCCAUAGAUUCCUCUUUCUCACGCGACGAGCCAUCGAAACGACGCCCGCCGAGAAUCAUUUUCUCGAUCCUUCGUUCGCUUCUCGGGCCGCCGGACGAAUAUUCUUCGCGGUCGUUGCCCCGCUCGCCCGUACUUAACCGCCGCCUCGAGGCACUUAGUCGAGACAGACGAUUAGUGCUUUUUAUCGGCGACGUCGAUACGAACGUAGCGACGUAGACGCGUCUCCCUUGAUCCAGGAACGAGCGUUCGGCGUAGCGUUUUACCGCGUUCGCCAAGCCGAGUAGAGUUUAAGCGAACCGAGGCCGUGCCGCGCGACCCUGCCCGGGGCCCGGCCCGGCCCGUCUUUUCUGCGAACCGGAAACAAAUAGAGAGAACAAAACAAGUACAAUCAGCGCGCGGCCCAGGGUUCGCGAUCCGUCGAUCGGAUUCCGACUUUCCGUGUUCAUUUUCCGAACGGUUACUCGCGCGGAUUCUCAGAGCGUCCCUUUUUCUCCUCGCCCGCGAUACAACCCGCGGCGCGGUUCCACUCGCUCGAGCGAAUCGCCCCGGGGUCCGUACACCGCCUGCGCGCUGCUAAUCGUCCGCGAAUCGGAAUUCGAGUUCGCAACUCGGAACGAAUCGUGCGAGACCAACGGGGAAUAACGGAUGAAACACGGGGCGCGGGUUUCUUUAUUUCUUUCUUCUUCUUCUUCUUCUUCUUCUUCUUCUUCUUCUUCUUCUUCAUUUUAUCUUUCUUUUUUUUAGUCUAGCCGUAAAACGGAUUUUCGAGAAUCGUUACUUAAGGCUAUAAGGCUGCGGCCAGCGUAACUUAAGGACAGAGAUCUUAAUUAAUCGAUUUAACGCCCGCGAGGGCGCGCUGCAACAGCAAGCAUCGACGGCGUGUUUCACUCGAUUUUCUUCCGUUUCUGUUUCCUUUAUCUUUUCUUCUUCAUAUAUCCGCAAGCGUGUCUAAGUUGUAAUUGUACAAGCGAUACUAGACAGUAUGACGACAAAGAGGAAGUAUUAACUAUUAUUUUUUCUCGUUUUUUUUUUUUGUUCUUGUUACGAGAGGGAGAGACCGAGCAGACCGUACUGCUGUCAUAUACAAAAUAAAUGGAAACAUAGUGGAGAAAAAAAA